AUGCCUUCUUUUUCCGUCUGGCUGGCGAUUUCCGCCCUUGCUUCCGUCUCCAUCGCAAAACCUAUCCCUGCCUCGCAGGCGACCACGAGAAAGGGCUUCACCAUCAACCAAGCCGUUGCAAAGCCGUUCCAGGCCGGCCCUGUUGUCUUGCAGAAGGCUUACAACAAGUUCAACAAACCUGUGCCCGCAGAUGUCAAGGCUGCCGCAGCCGAUGGUUCCGUCACGGCCACCCCUGAGCAGUACGACGCGGAAUAUCUUUGCCCGGUGACUGUGGGUGGCCAGACGUUGAACCUCGACUUUGACACUGGCUCCGCAGAUUUAUGGGUCUUUUCAUCCGAGCUUCCCAGCUCUGAGCGCUCUGGACACAGCUUCUACGAUCCGUCCAAGUCCUCGACCAGCCAAAAGCUGUCGGGUGCGACCUGGAACAUCAGCUAUGGUGACGGGUCCGGUGCCAGUGGCGACGUCUACACGGACACAGUCGACGUUGGAGGCACGACCGUCACUGGCCAAGCCGUCGAGCUAGCUUCUCAGAUCAGCGCCCAAUUCCAGCAGGACCAGGAUAACGAUGGCUUGCUUGGGCUGGCAUUCAGCUCUAUAAACACAGUCAAACCAAACCCUCAAACCACAUUCUUCGAUACAGCGAUCAAAGAAGGUGUCCUUGAGCAAAGCGUUUUCACGGCCGAUUUGAAGAAGGGCGCUCCAGGAACGUACGACUUCGGAUAUAUUGACGACAGCAAGCAUACGGGCGACAUCACCUACACAGCGGUGAACACGGCCAACGGCUUCUGGGAGUUCACUGGGACUGGCUAUGCCGUUGGGGAUGGAUCCUUCCAGCAGACCAGUAUUGACGCUAUUGCCGACACAGGUACCACUCUCCUCCUUGUGGAUGACUCCAUCGUCAGCGCCUACUACGAGCAAGUCAGCGGCGCCGAAUACGACAACAGCCAAGGUGGCUACGUGUUCCCAUGCUCAGCUACCCUUCCGGAUUUCACAGUCGGCAUUGAAGACUACCAUGCAGUUGUUCCAGGGUCUUUCAUCAACUAUGCGCCUGCCACCGGAUCAACAUGCUUUGGAGGUAUCCAAAGCAAUGAAGGUAUUGGCUUUUCAAUCUACGGAGACGUCUUCCUCAAGGCCGUGUUCGCCGUCUUUGACAGCGACAACACCCAACUUGGUUUUGCGCCAAAGGAUUUGUGA